UUGAAGCGGUCACGUGAUUUGGGUGCGGAAGAGUUCCUGUCAAUCUUUGAGCCGUGAAUUUAUUGAGAUUUUACUCAGAGUUCGUUUCUAGGCUUCAAGAAUCACUAUCUCCGUGUUUCAGAAAACUCUCCAGUCAUUUAUUUUCUUUAAAAUUUAACCAUGAGCUCAGACGCAGCUUURUUGUUGGAAGCCGCAAAUUUCGCAGCGUACAAACAUCGGAACCAGAGACGUAAAGAUCCAGACGGAACCCCAUACAUUAAUCAUCCUAUCGGAGUCUCAAGAAUCCUCAGUCACGAAGGAGGCGUCACGGACAUUGACGUUCUGCAAGCGGCUUUGCUUCACGACACAGUGGAGGACACAGACACCACCGCCGAAGAGCUCAGGGAGCACUUUGGGGUGACGGUGGCCGGUAUCGUCCAGGAGGUGACGGAUGACAAAAGCUUGCCGAAGCUGGAGAGGAAGCGUCGGCAGGUGGAGCACGCACCUCACUGCAGCCCACAGGCCAAGCUGGUGAAACUGGCAGAUAAGUUGUAUAACCUCAGGGACCUGAAUCACUGCACACCUGUAGGUUGGUCAGCUGAGCGGAUCCAGGAGUAUUUUAUUUGGGCUUCUGAGGUGGUGAAAGGCCUGAAAGGAACUAACUCAGCUCUGGAGGAGAAGCUUGAGAACUUAUUCAAAGAGAGAGGGAUUCAGCUCUGACAGCACCCCACUGGAAAACAAGAAACACAUCUACUGUAUUCUAAUGUGCUUAAAUGUUUCUCCAUUUUUUUUCUGCAAAAUAUCUGUAGUUGAUUAUGUAAUUAUACAUUCAUAUAUGCAAACAGAUGAACAAUUAAAGAGGUAAAAACAA